UGAGAGUUGAGUUUCAAUUCAGCGCCAACUGAGAAACACACACACCGAGCAAAGCCGAGAUGGGGGCGGAGGAAGGAAUGGAGAUCAACCCAAAAACAUUCGUAGAAGAAGAAGAUGAAGAUGAUGAUGAUGAAGGGCCACCGCCUGGGUUUGAUUCGAUAGCUAUAAGGUCACAACUUGAAAACAUGGAUGUUGAAGAUGGCGGCGGGGAGGAAGAUGAAGAUGACGUCAACGACGAUGAUGAUGACGAUGACGGACCUCCGCCCGGCUUCGCUGAACUACACCGGCCAGCAACGCCGCCGCUGUCGACUACAAAUCAUUCUGAUACGCAAAGGUUAAGAAAUCAGGGGCUUUCAGAUGUAGAGAUUGGGAAAGAACAGAACGAGACUAAAUAUGAAGAAGACAGGCCUCCAUUGGGCUGGCAAUCUACAAGUCCAAAGCAACCUCAUCAAUCUAUGACGUCAUCUGAACUUGUCUCUGGUACACAAAUGAGAAGCAUUGAAGAAGACGAUGAUGGUCCACCACCAGGGUGGCAAUGGAACCCUCAACAACAGCCACUACCAGAAUCAAUACCACCACCAGGGCUCCAAUCAGCUCCAUCUUCUAAUAUACAAAUGGGGAUCACUCAAGAAGAUGAUGAUGGCCCCCCACCAGGGUGGCAGUUGAUCUCUUCUCAACAGAAACCGCCACAAACUACACCACCGUUACUGCCCCAGUCAGUAGCUCCUUCUGAUAUUGAAAAGGAGAAUAAAGGGGGAAACAAAUGGGAAAUUGAAUGGCGCCAAUUGGGCUCAGAAUCCUCUCCUAUGCCAGAACAUUCAUCAACACCUACACGACAUUCAUCAGUAGCUUCUUCUGAUAUUGAAAUGGCUACCAAACAACAAAGCAUAAAAAAUGAGCAGAAGAAACUUUGUACAGACAGGGGACCUACACAACGUUUGGUAACUCGACUCCCACCAGCUGCGUUGCAAAUUUCUUCUGAGGUUGGCCAAUUGGUAUGUGGUUCUUGCCGACAGUUGCUUUCAUAUCCUCGAGGUUCUAAAUGGGUUCAAUGCUUGGCCUGCCAGACAGUUAAUCUUGCCCUUGAAGGUCAUCAAAUUGGACAAGUCAAAUGCGGGGGAUGCACAGUACUGCUUAUGUACCCAUAUGGAGCACCAUCGGUCAAAUGUUCCUCUUGUCACUUUGUCACAAGAAUUGGGGCGCACAACAGGCGACCUCAUCUGGCUGCACAACAGGCUCGGAGACAGCGCCCUUCCCAUCAAGCACACUAGGGUUCUUAUGUCCAUUUUGUUGUAGAGCUGGGCAAUUCCACACAAAGUGGUUCUUGUGCAUUGCCCCCUGUUCUGACAUUUACCUAGCUGUCUGUAAAUUCUCUAGUUGCCUUUUUGUUUACAUGCUUAGCUUGCUAGUCAGUUGAGACAUUACCCUUUUGAAGUUUCACUUCUGUAAUUGUAUUUGCUUUAACUGUUAUGGGGUAAUAUUAUACUUUUAGUUUGUACUGAUGCAAUAUGUAUACCAAUGCCGAUCAAAGACUAGAGUUUUCCUGAAAAUAUUUUUGAGAAGAAAACAUU